AUGACAGAAUCCAUCGACAUGCAACUGUCCGAGACGGAGUCAGCGCGACAGGCCGCGAUCAACAACAACAAUAACAACAACAUCAAGGUGAAGCCGGUGAUGCUGAGCAUGCCCUCAUCCGCGGCCGUGGAGUGCAUGGACGCGCGGGCCAACGGCGGCAGCCCCUCCUCGCUGGACGCCGUCGGCGCGGUGGGCGCCUCCGCGGCCGGGUCACCACUGUUCCGGCCCGUGUCGCCGUCGCGCACCGCCAAGCAGGUCAACGGAACCCUCUCCGCCCUCAAGCCGGCCGCCGUCAAGCCGCUCAAGCCCAAGAACGGCAUGCUGGACCUGCCGCUGCUGCUGACCACGACGCCGACGCCCUUCCGGAAGGCGCCGACAUCGCCGACGUCGCCGCCGCAGUCCGCGGCCAAGACGGUGCUCAACGUGCCGGACCGCGGCGCCGUGGGCACCAUCAAGGCCUCGGUGACGGUGACGCUGAGCAGCCAGAUGCCGUCGCCGCCGCCGUCCCCCGGGGCGCCGAGUUCGCCCGGAACCCCGACGACGCCGUCCUCGCCGACCGCCAUCCGGAGGUCCUCUCAGCCAGGGACCACGACGUCGAUUCGGAUUGAUUGGUUUCGAAAUAAAUUAAAUAUAUAUUCAAAGCACCCUGGGGUGGAACAAUCACUCGAGCAGUUAGAAAAAUGUGUGGUUUCUGAAGAAUGUGUGUUCGGCCUUGCAGAUUAG